AUGAGGAAGAGGAGGAAGAGGAGGAAGAGGAUCAGAGAUGGAGGUCUGGACCUGGACCACCAGGAGACCAGCCUGAAGAUCAGCAGCAGCUGGGCCUCGCUGCCCCCCGACCAGGACCAGGACGGUCCGGACCGGUCCGGCUCCAAGUCCAGCCCGUACUGGUUCCACACCCUGCAGACCCGGCGGUUCAAGGUCCAGAGAGGACGCAGCAACAGCGACCCCCUGAGGGGAAACCCGGCGCAGGACGCCUUCACCUGGAGACCCGGUCUGGAGUUCGGAGCCGCCCGGUCCUACCUGAGUCUGGAGAAGCUCGGGGAGGGAGCCUUCGCCUCCGUCUACAAGGGAAUCAGCAGGAUAAACGGGCAGCUGGUGGCGCUGAAGCAGAUCCGCAUGAAGACGGAGGAGGGCGUCCCGUUCACCGCCAUCAGAGAAGCCUCUCUGCUCAAGCGCCUGAAACACGCCAACAUCGUCCUGCUGCACGACAUCGUCCACACCAGAGAGACGCUCACCUUCGUCUUCGAAUACGUGCAAACAGACCUGGCCCAGUACAUGAUCCAGCACCCUGGGGGGCUGCACUCCCACAACGUCCGGAUCUUCAUGUUCCAGCUGCUGCGAGGUCUCACCUACAUCCACAGCCGCAGGAUCCUCCACCGAGACCUGAAGCCCCAGAACCUGCUCAUCAGCUACCUGGGGGAGCUCAAGCUGGCCGACUUCGGUCUGGCCCGGUCCAAGUCCGUCCCCAGCCAGUCCUUCUCGUCGGAGGUGGUGACGCUGUGGUAUCGCCCCCCCGACGUCCUGCUGGGCUCCACGGAUUACUCCACGGCGCUGGACAUCUGGGGGACGGGCUGCAUCUUCGUGGAGAUGCUGCAGGGGGCGCCAGCGUUCCCAGGAGUCUCCGACGAGCUGGAGCAGCUGCACAAGAUCUGGGCGGUUCUGGGCGUCCCGUCUGAAGACACAUGGCCCGGAGUCAGUCAGCUGCCCAGUUACAGACCAGAACGGUUUCGUCACUCUGAGCCGAAGCAGUUCAGGACGGUUUGGAAAAGGUUAGAGACGCUGCCCUACAGGACGGAGGACCUGGUCCAGCAGAUGCUCCAGCUGGUUCCGGGGAGCCGGGUCUCGGCCCAGCAGGCCCUGGAGCACCAGUACUUCAGAUCCCUCCCUGCUCCCAUCAUGCACCUCCGGGACACCGUCUCCAUCUUCAAGGUCCCCGGAGUUCAUUUAGAGACGGAGGUCAGAGACACUUUGACCAUUGGGAGGAAGAUUAAACCAUCUCUGCUGCUCAGGGACUGGUGA